UCCUACACCUCUUUGAGAGAACGCAACAUUAGCCUCUCCUGUGUGUUAGGGAAGAAAAAACAGUAAAGGUUCGAAGAAAUAAACCCUUUCAAACAUUGAAAUUUCUGACACAAUGCUACAGAAGAACCUUUGAAAUAAGACUCUGGUGCUCUUCUGAGUUCUUUAUAUCUGUUCUUUUGCCAUAGGAUGGAUUACAGGCUCAGCUGAGUCUCCUGCUCUUUUGGACCAGACAGAGGACAUACCGAUUACAAAGAGACAGGGAACCGGGAACUGCAGGCAAGGACACAUCGCAGGUUGAAGAAUGGCUUUGUUGCCAGUUAAGUUUGAUCUGAAAAAGCGAGUAAAGCUCGCUCAGACAGUCUGGUUCAUGUACUGGUUUGCAGUACUGGCUGGAGUGCUGGUCCUCAGCAUGGGCCUGUUCUUUAAGAUCGAGCUGCGAAAGCGCUCUGAACUUAUGGACAACAACGAAAGCCACUUCUUGCCCAAUCUGCUUAUAUUUAUGGGCCUCGUAGCCUGCAGCAUCAACGCCUUUGGAGGCAAAGUCUGCUAUGACUCACUGGAUCCUGAAAAGUUUGCAAAGUGGAAGGCCAUUUUGAAGACCUACUUAGUAUUCUGCGUAGGAUUCAACGCCCUGUUGCUCGUCACAGCCCUGCUGUGUUUCUUGAUGAGAAUCCCUAUGCAGUUCACCCUGGCUGAAGGGCUGAGGAAUGGCAUGAAGUACUACAAGGACACCGACACACCGGGGCGCUGCUACAUGAAGAGGACCCUGGACCUGAUGCAGAUUGAGUUUCGUUGCUGUGGAAAUGACAACUACAGAGAUUGGUUUGAGAUUCAGUGGGUCAGCAACCGCUACCUGGAUUUCAGUGCAAAGGAAGUCAGAGACCGCAUUAGCAGUAAUGUGGAUGGCCAGUAUCUGAUGGAUGGAGUGCCCUUCAGCUGCUGUAACCCCAGUUCCCCCAGACCCUGCAUCCAGGCACAGAUGACCAACAAUUCUGCCCACUACAGUUAUGACCACUACACUGAGGAUCUCAACGUGUGGAAGCGGGGAUGCCGCGACGCCCUGCUGUCCUACUAUGGAGGCAUGAUGAACACCAUCGGAGCUCUGGUGAUUCUGGUCACUAUGCUGGAGGUUGGUGUGACUGUGGGCAUGCAAUAUGUCCAUAGUUCCCUGUCUUCCCUCGCUAACCCAGAGGACCCAGAGAGUGAGAGCGAGGGCUGGCUCCUGGAGAAGACAGUGAAGGAAACAUUCACUGACAUCAUGGACAAAAUGAAGGCCAUGGGCAAAGGCAGCAAGGUGGAGGAAGGAGAAGCAGCGGUUGCAACAGUGAGCUGAGCUAGCCCCAUGUGCACAAACUGACACCACUCUCACCUAAUGAGGAGAAAAUGAAGGACAUGUGAGAUUUUUCUACCAACAUUUAUUUUUAGGCCUACUCAUUUAUUUGGUUAUGAACUCAUUAGAAAUGGUUGUGGAAAGAUCAUAUUAAAUAUUCAUACUUAGAUAAAUAGCAACUAGAUGGGUUUUUAAGAUUUGGUUUUCCCCGAUAAAACAAACAGCAUGUUUUUAAUUACGUUUAACGGUUCUGGUUUCUGACAGUUUGUGCAUUAUGAUGUUUUUGGGUUUUUUUUCCAAAAAAAGUGAAAAGUUAUAAAUCAAGUAAAUGUUAUAUGUCCUGACACAUGUCAUUUUUUUUCCCUUUAUUUUGUGGUCACAUAGUUUGGCAGGGAUGGUGGUUGCUAUGCAAUCCCCCCGCUCAUGGAAGCCAAAGGUGCACAUUGAAGAUAAUUAACUCAGGUUACACAGUGUUUUAUUUUUGCUAACCUGUCUAGACUACUUUAGAGUCAAAGCAGACAAAUUAACCCCUCCAACUCCCUUCUUUUUAUACUCCAGUUCACCUGUGGAGACUGGAUAAGCAGCUGAGGUGGAGUAUAAUUCCAAAUUGAAUGAGUCAGUUAUGCACGAAUGUUGCAACACAUGGCUCCAGAGUGAGCAUGGGAAUCAGGAGGUUCAGAAACAGGGGGCAACUCCAAACCUGUGGCCUGAAAUUGGCAGCUAAAUCUUGGCUCCUGACCCCUGUACUGUAAUCUCAGAUCCUCUUUGAUAUUUCCCUUGUACAUUCAGUAUCUGUAUAUGGACACAUGUGUAUGUACAGUAUAUAUAUCUUUGUAUAUGGUGUAGAAAAGAUGAAAAAAAUUAACUUUUUUAAAAGAAUGUAAUGAAGCUGAAUCUUUUAUUUAAAUCAAUGUAAAGUUUGUUUUUUUUUUUUUCAAAUGAUUUUCUUGGUUUUGUCUGUGUAGAGGCGAGAUUAUGCUGACUGUAUACAUGAAUAAAGGAUUUUAGAGAUGA